AGAAUUUUGGAAUAUGGUGGAGUUUGCAUCUGCAAUCAUUGGUCCUAUUUUUGAAUGUUUAAUCGUUCCUGUCAAGAAACACCUGGGCUAUCUAUUCUUAUCCAGAAAACAUGUUACGGAUUUGGGUGAUGGAAUGAAGCAAUUGGAGGGUGAAAGCGUUGAUGUCGAAAACCACCAGGACAGAAACAACAUAAACACUUUAGAAAUACCUGCUCGUGUACCAGGUUGGUUGAAAGAAGUCGCAAAGAUCAAGCGUGAUGCUGAAACCAUUUCAAGAAAUGAAUACAGAUGUUUUAAUAUGAAAGCGAGGUACCAAAUGGGAAGAAAUGCCUGGAAGACAACUCAGGAGAUCGAACGUCUUCUUCAAGAACGUCGUGAGAUCAGUUGGACAGAUGCACAAAAACCUCUUGGAAGAGUCUACACUAGAAGGGCAUCUACGCCUGCACCAUCAAGUGGUGGUAUUGGAGAUGACUUCAAGUCAAGAGAUACGACAUUUAAGGAUGCGUUGAAGUUCCUUCAACAAGAUCAAAAUAUUCAGGUGAUAGCCCUAUGUGGAAUGGGUGGUGUGGGGAAAACCAUGAUGAUGGAACAAUUGAAAAAGGUUGUGGAAGAUAAGAAGAUGUUUCAUUGGAUUGUGAAGGUUGUUAUUGGGAAAGAACCUAAUCCACUUUCUAUUCAGCAAGCUGUAGCAGAGAACUUGGGCGAUCCUCUAAUUGAAACAACUAAAGCAACAAGGGCCGAUCGUCUUCAAAUGAAAUUUGUGGAAAUUUUGAAAAAAGCUGAAAACGGAAUUCUAGUUAUAUUGGAUGAUAUAUGGGAGAAAGUUGAACUCAAAGAUGUUGGACUGAGUCCUUUGCCAAAUGGUGUCAAGUUGUUGCUCACAUCACGAUAUGAGGAUAUUUGCAAAAGUGUUGCAAUUGAAAGUAAUCUAGAUCUCAUAAUACUUAAAGUGAAUGUCUUGGAGGAGAUAGAAGCACACAAAUUAUUGUGUCAAAUCACAGGAAUUUCAAAAGUAUACGAUCCAGAGCUCUAUCAAAUAGGAGGUGAAAUUGUCAAAAAAUGUAGUUGUUUGCCCCUUGCAAUCAAACUUAUUGCCGCUACACUUACAUCUGAAGAAAAAUCUAUAUGGAAAGAUAGACUACGGUGUUUGAAGAAGCAUGAUCUUGAUCCAAGUGUUCAUGAAAUUAUCAAGAUAAGCUACGACUAUCUAAAAGAAGAAGAGGAUAAAGAGAUCUUUCUGCUUUGUGGCUUGUUCCCGGAGGACGCUAAUAUUCCAAUCGAGGAUCUGACAAGAUAUGCAUGGGGACUAAAAUUGCUAAAUGGAGUUUCAACUGUGGAAGAUGGCAGAAACAGGAUAAAAGCAUGUGUGCGCAAUCUCAAAAAGGCAAAUUUGUUGAUCGAUAGUGAUUAUUUCGGGUGUGUCAAAAUGCAUGAUCUUGUGCUUGCCUUUGUGCUAGCUACUGUUUCUAAAGGUGAUCAUGUCUCCAUUAUUAACCAUGGAGAUAUGUCAAAGUGGAGUGGUGUAGACCUAAGCGAGUCUUGCAAAAGAAUUUCAUUAACAUGCAGGGGUAUGUGUGAGUUUCCUAAAGGCUUCAAGUGCCAAAGCAUCUCCCUUUUGAAACUUAUGCACGGAGAUGAUUCGUUUGAGUUUCCUCAAGGUUUUUAUGAAAAUACGAAAAAUCUUAAAGUUAUAGCAUAUGAAGAGAUGCAAUAUCCACCGCUUCCCAAAUCACUCCAAUGCUCCACCAACCUCCGAACACUUUGUCUCCAUGAAUGCUCAUUCAUGUUUGAUUGCUCUUCUAUUGGGGAUCUUUUGAAUUUGGAAGUCCUCAGCUUUGCUAAUUGUGGCAUUCGAGAGUUACCUUCCACAAUUGGAAAAUUGAAGAAGCUAAAGUUACUAGAUCUUACAGGUUGUAUUGAUCUACAUAUCGAUGAUGGUGUUUUGAAAAAUUUGGUCAAACUUGAAGAGCUUUAUAUGAAAGUUGCUUCAACCCUCCAAAAGUCCAAGCUAGAUAAAAAGGCCAUUAGAUUCACAGAUGCCAAUGUUGAUGAAUUGGUAUGGUGUUCGAAAAACCUUAUAGCUUUAGAAAUUGAGUUCCAAGCUCCGCUUAAGAAUAUGUCAUUUACGAAACUCGAAAGAUUCAAGAUUUGUUUGGGAUGUUAUUUGCGUGAAUAUGAAGACCAAAAUAAGUACUUGUUCGGAAAUACGUUGAGGUUGGUCAGUAACAAAUGUGAACUAAUAGAUUUUAGGAUGUAUGAGUUGUUUGAAAAAACAGAGGUGCUUUAUUUACAAGUGGAUGGAAUAAAUGAUCUUGGAGAUGGCUUAGUGGAGUCCUYCCUUCAUCAUCCAUUUAAUAAUUUGAGAGUCCUUGAUAUUUAUAAGUGUUCAAACUUGAGAUAUCUAUUCACAUCCCGUGUGGCAACUGGUCUCAAGAAGSUUGAGCARCUCACAGUUUCCUCAUGCCCUGAUCUAGAAACACUCGUAGAUGGUGAGAACAGUGGAGUUGAGGUGAUUAAAUUUGAAGCGUUAAAGUUUCUAUCUUUGCGUGGGCUACCAAAGCUAAAGAGUUUCUGCAACGCAGUCGAUGUAAUUGAGCUACCCCAGCUCAGGGAUUUGAAACUUAAAGGCCUUGCAAAGUUCACAAGCAUUUAUCCCAUCAAUAAGUUGGCAACUACUUGUAUGUCCGGUGAUCCUUCUGAAAGACAGUCUUUGUUUAAGGAAAAGGUUAUGAUCCCUAGGUUGGAGAAAUUGGAUAUUGAUGAUAUGGAGAAUUUGAUAGAGAUAUGGCCCAGUAGUGAAGAAGUUGAUGUUUGCAUGUUGAGAGAGAUUAGAGUGAUGGGAUGUGAUAGUCUUGUGAAUUUGUUUCCAAGCAAUCCGAUGUCGUUGUUGCAUUAUCUACAAGAAGUUACCGUUGAGGAUUGUGAUUCACUUGAAGUGUUAUUCAACAUUGACUUUGGAUGUGUUGGUAAAAUAGAGGAAGUUAGUAGCUGCUUGAGAACCAUUCUAGUGUGUGGUUUAAGGAAGCUAAGAGAAGUGGUGAGAGUAAAAGGUGCAAAUAACUCUAGUCUCAUCAUCGGUGGCUUUGAAACUCUUGAAAGGUUAAAGAUAGAAAGGUGUAAGAGGUUUAGAAAUGUAUUCACACCUACCACCACCAAUAUUGAUAUGCGAGCACUUUCACUGCUUGAAAUUGAUUGUCGCAAAAGUUGGAGAGGCGAGAUUAAUGUGACGUCCAAUGAAGAGAUAUCAGAAGUUGGUGAUGCUGUUGUAUUUUCAUCCAAAGUCAUUCACACUUUUCAUCACAUCCGUACACUUCAUAUACGUCAUCAUAAAAGAGCGGAGGGGGUGUUUGAGAUAGAAACUCCAAAAGUUGUUUCAAACAGAGACGAUGAAGAUGAAGUUAGGGUUGUAUCUACAUCUGCCAACACAAGCAAUGGUUUCUUCCCUCAUUUGCAUAAGCUCUAUCUUUCUAACCUCCCAAAACUCAUGCGUGUUGGUGGUGGUGGUGGGAGUAACGCAAUUUUUAGCAAUACCACCACAAAUACUUCCAUUCAUCAUCAAUUUAAGUUAUCUCAAGUAAAUGAUGUUGCUUGGUCCUUAUGCCAAUACUUUAGAAAGAUAAGGAUACACGAUUGUCAAGCAUUGCCAUAUGUGAUUCCAUCCUGUGUACUUGGACAAAUGCAAAAGCUUGAAAAGCUGAAAAUAGAGGAUUGCGAAUCGCUGGCGGAGGUAUUUGAAACUCAAGGGUUCAAGAUUAAUGGAACAAGUGGUGGUACUGAUCAUAACACACUGGUAAUUCCAACAAGGAAAAAUAUUAAUGCGUCUCAGCUGUCCACCCUAAAGAAAUUGGUAAUCAAAGGUUGUGACCUUUUGAAACAUGUGCUCACAUGUUCCACACUUGAAAGCAUCACGCAGCUCGAAAAGUUAAGGAUAAUCAGUUGCAAGGCAUUGGAAGUGAUUGUGAAGGAAGACAAUGAAGAGCAAACAACGAUAUCAUCUAAGGUUGUGGUCUUUCCUCGUAUAAAGUUCAUUCAACUAAGAGAUCUACCAAAUCUCACGGGUUUCUUCUUGGGGAAGAAUGAGUUCGAGUGGCCAUUACUAGAUAACGUUAUGAUUGACGCUUGCCCCCAAAUGACGGUGUUCACAUCUGGUCUCUCGAUAACUCCAAAGCUCAAUUACAUACACACAGAGUUUGGCAAAUAUAGUCUUGAAUGUGGUCUUAACUUUCCUGUGAUGGGGUCCACUUUGCAUGAGAUCCCAUGCUCAAGUUUAGACAAUACAAACUCAUGCGCUACUACUUCAGAAGGAACACGUUGGUCUUUUCAUAACUUGAUUGAAAUCGAUGCAAGUGAAAACAACGAUGUUAAAACGAUUAUUCCAUCCAAUGAGCUGUCGCAACUGCAAAAGCUGGAAAAGAUCCGUCUAUAUGACUGUGAUUUGGUAGUGAAUGUAUUUGAAGCAUUGGAAGGGACAAGUAGCAGCGAGUCACAAUCUGUUGUAGAAAUUCCAAAGCUAACAGAAGUGGAUUUAGAUUGUCUUGAUAGACUCGAGUAUAUAUGGAAGAACAACCCAUGGAUGGUACUUAAGUUUCCAAACCUAACAAAAUUGUGUAUCCGUGGAUGUGAAAGUUUAAGACAUGUGUUUGGUAGUUCCAUGGUUGGUAGUCUAUUGCAACUCCAAGAGAUACAUAUAAGCUACUGCAAAAAUAUGGAGGUAAUUGUUAAGGAAGAAGAAGAAGAACGUGAUGGGAAAGUGAAUGAGAUUAUUACUAUGUUACCUCAACUGAAGUCCUUAAUACUCAUCAAGCUUCCAAGUCUCAAGGGAUGUUACUUAGGAAAUGAGGCUUUAUCAUGGCCAUCCUUGGAUACCUUGGAAAUCAAGUGUUGCCCAUCAAUAGAAGUUUUCACAAAGGCACAUUCAGCAACUCCAGAGCUACAAGUAAUUGAUACAAGUUUUGGGAGGUGUGAAUUAGUAAAAGAGGAAGGCCUCAACUCCUUUAUAAUUAACACCAAACAGCAGCAGGGACUUCAAUUCUAGAAGAUGGAGAUGAUAAUAUUUGAAUGUCAUAUAAAUAUUAAAAGCUCAGACGGUGCCAAACGAUACGGUGCACGAGCUACCGAUGCCGCUCCUGGUGUUAGAUCAAUUCGAAACUCGACUGACCAAUCUGGAGAUAUGGAGUUAUCGAUGGCUGACAAAGUUUGUGAAGAAAAUCGUUAUCUAAAUCCCGGAUGUGAGAUACAUGAUUGUAUUGAUAUUUGCAAGAGAGUGCAUGGACCUAAUUCCCAGGCAAAAUGCAUAUACUCCGUUUGUAAUUGUGUUUUUGAUUGUCCGUCAAAGGAAACAAAUCUUAGAAAUGGUGACGACUCUCCUCUCCCUACUUCCAUGCACUGAGGAAAUACAUAAAUUGUAAAAUUUAAUAUCUA